AUGUCGACCUUGCCACUGGAGCAGCAUCCUCCGCCGCCGCCGAUGGCAAUGGUGCUGAACCCGCCGCCGCACUACGGCGGCGGGUCCGUGGGGCCCUUGAUCGGCGUCUUGGCCGUCAUCGCCAUUCUCGGCAUCAUCUCCGGAAUGAUUGGGCGGCUCUGCGCCAGUGGCCGGAUCUUCGGCCACGGCCAGUACGACAUCGAACGAUGGAUCGAGACCAAGUGCGCCUCCUGCAUCGACGGCAGGUUGGAGCUGCCGGCCUCGGGUCCCCCACCUUCCUCCUCCGCCGCCGCCGCCGCCGUUCCGGUCGUGGUUCCAGUGGAGGCCUCCCCGCCGACGGCGAAGCAGCAGCAAGCGGAACAGCUCCCCCGAGCUUCUGCGGAGGAGCCGUAG